AUAAAAUAAGAAUGAAAAAAACAAUGAUCGAAACUGGUAGUAAUUAUAAAAAAUAGAAGGUAUAGGAAAAACCAAAAUAUUUAAUACGGAAAAGGAAAAAAAAAAUGGAAAAAUUUUAAUGCUGGAAUAAGUAGAAUGCAAGUACGGAGAAGAGAAGAAAAAUGAAAAGGUCAGAUUAUGCAAGAAAAAAAAAAGGAUCAUAGUAAUAUAAAAGAGAAAUAUGAAGAAAACAAAGAAAGCAGUAGAUCAGAGAUAGAAUUAAUAAAUGAAAUCAGAAAAUUGAGUUGAAUGCAAAAGAUAAUGAAAAAAAGAGAAAGAUAAUAAUAAAGAUUAGAAGUAAAUACAAAGCAAUUAGAAAUUAGGAAGAGAAGAUUAUAACUAAAUAAAAAAUAAAAUGUAAAUAAUGUUAAUAUUGGAUUCAUCAUCCUAAGAAGGAAACGAUUAUUUAAAAAAAUAAUUAAAAAAAUAUGAUACAAACUGGUAUAUUGAAGAUAUCAAAUAUAUAAGUAGUUUUAAAACGUGAUAUAUACGCGCAUUUAUGCUUCCAAAAUCAUGUUGUGGGGUUAUACACGGCGACGAAAUAAUAAAUAUUCGGAAUAACGUAAAAUUCACAAACAUAUGGUAUGAAUAUAUGGUAUAAACAUAUGGUAAUAACACAAAAAUAUGUUAUUUACAAUAAUACAUUAAGUAUUCUUCUUUAUUAUGUACACUGUGUAUAAGAAAAAACUAAACUAUACGAUCCAAAAUCCGAAAUGGAAGUAAAAAAAGUCGAUUCUUUUCUUCCUCGAUCAUGAGCGUCUUUGUAGGAUCACGUGAGUAAAUUGAGCAACAGGAUUGGUAGAGAGCACGUUGCAUCUGAUUAAUUCAGUGUUGCCAACAGCGGGAUAUUAAAACGCUUACACAAUUUCAUUUGCUGAAGUUCGACAAAAAGUGAAACUUACUUGAAAAUGUAUUAAAGAAAAUUUACGAAAAAAUUAGGAGCGUAGCUUUUACCGACUCUGCAUAGUCAGUCGAUUCUACAUCCUGGCAUCGUGGCACGUGCCAGAAAUAGACGACGGUUUCCCGUGUUAAAUACGACGCAGGGGGUGCAACGACAUUCGAAGAUUGUGAACGAACUCGUGAAACAUCCUCAGUUCGUCCAAAGUAUCUCGUAGUCACGGUUCUGCUCCCUUUUCGCAGGAAACUUUUAUCCUUUAACUUGUAUUAUUCAAAUAAAAUUAUCAAAUUACAAAACAAUCGCGAUUCUCUUUGAUACCAAUGAAACCCGUGAAGAUUGACAGAGAUUGCUCGGGUAGUUUCGAUCAAGAGGAUCAAUGAACUACGCUUAUAAUCUACCCUUUGAUUACGUGAAUUAAUCGCUAUUUAACCAAUUAGAGGAGAAUCAAAUUCGCGAGGGUUAUCGAAUGAAAGCUGUAAGAGAUUUUAAACGAUUCCAAUGUCCGCCGAGCAACACGUAAAUAAAUCGAUCAAUUAAAUCGUUGGGAAGUAAUUAAAUCAGACAGCAAUUCUUCCGGAAGUUAUAAACAGAAUCGAUCGAUCGAAAGAGAGGAAAGAAGAAGUUUUUAGAGUACGUAAUUUUACUUCAAUUUCCAAGAAGGAUCAUGGGUAAAAACGCUACUGGACCGAUAAUCAGGAUGUCAUCUUCCGGAACUCACGGAGCCGGAGGUAUCGAAUGUUGCUGUUGUAGAUGUUGCACCUGCAUACAUAUCGAGUUUCUUAAAACUUCUCCGGGAAUCGUAAAAGUCUGUGAAACGAUAAUUAGCGGAAUCAUUCAGAGUUUAUUAGUCAAUUAUGGUCUAAGGUAUAGCACGUCCAUUGGAUCUGCCUUUGAGGGAUCUUUGACGACGUCUUCGGCCUGCUUUUUGAUAUCCACCGUUUUAUUGGUCUGCUAUGUAGUCUCAGAAAAAUCUUACAGACUUAUCCGUUCAUCGCUUUUCGAAAUGAUGUUUAACGCAUUGGCAAGCUUUUUAUAUCUGAGUUCUGCCUCCUACCUCGCCUUUUCCACAAAGAUAUUUCUCUUACCUGAAUAUUAUCUAAAGCCAGGAUUUGAUGUUUAUCCGGCUAUGACAGCAGCUUAUAUUCUAAGCGCAGUCGUUGGAAUAUUACACGGAUUUGAUUCAUAUUUUUCCUUUAUUUAUUAUAAAACAGGCAGAUAGAUUUAAAUGUCAAUAGGCUUGAAUUUGAUAAUACCACAGAUCAGAACAUUUCAAUGCUGCACCUAAACGUAUUGAUUCGAACUCGUCCAUAGACAUUCUAGUUAUAAAUAACAUCAAAACAUUUAGGCGUUAUUAUUAAAAUAUUUCACUAGGUAUAAGUAGAGUAUACGAAACGGGUCCCUUCGCCAGAGACGACUAUUGAAAAUGGUGAUCGCUUAAAGAAUCAGGAAAAAUUUCACAAUUCCGACGAAUUUUCGUAUCGUCUCGUCGGUGGAAGAGGGCCGGUUUCGUUGUCGCAGGAAAUUGAUCGUAAAGUGGUACGAACAGUUUAUUUCAGAGCUAUUGAAAGUGAAAUAAAUUGUUUAAGUGCUCGGCUCGGUGUCUCGAAGCGAGAGAAGGCAGGCGCGAACGUGCUGGCCUGUCUAGCUAGCCAUCUAGACGUUCUCUUUGCUUAUUCAUUGCUCACGGCUCACGAAAACGGUGAAAUUUCGCGCGCACGUGAAAGGAAAAGAGGGAAUGAGGGAGACAGGUAGAGACAGAGAGGGAGAGAGAGAGAGAGAGAGAGAGAGAGAGAGAGAGAGAGUGUUAAUUGUUCGUGAAAAAGAGACGGAGGACAACUCGAGUGAUCUUAUUCUAUUUCUCGAGUCAAACGUAAGAUAAGCAGUUAAUUAAUUAUCGCACAGAUGGUACAUAAAAAUGCCUUUCCAAUGAAGUUUCAUCCCGAUAAGAUAAAUUCCUAAUGCGGAACAAUAAAAUAAGAAUAAUCUCAAUGAAAGCUACUUACACAAUUUGUUUCGCGCAUGUUUAUUCUAAUAGUAUUGGUACUAAUAGUGUACCACUAAUAGUGUACCAUAUGCCCGAACUUGAUACAAUAAAAGAGUAUUACUUUGAAUG